UUUUUGUUCCUAAUUUACCAAAAACAUGGAAGAAUAAAUUGUUUUUUAACUACGUAAAAAUAAAGAUACUUCUUACACCCAGUAAAAAAAAAAAUUAAAUAAAGUACCUUACUCUUGAAAAGGAAAUUUUAAAAGGAGUAAAACAGGAGGAGGACGAAAGGAUAUUGUCAGCGCUAUGCAUUUUGAUUCGUGAAGAAAGAUCAGCAUACAAGGGGAAGAAAAGAAGAAAAUAAGAGAAACAGGAAGGAGUAAAACCCAGGAAAUUUUCCCGUUCCAGUGGGAUUAAACAAAUCCGUAAACACAGAACCAACAAAACAAAGAAGACGGAAACACAGUGUCGUACGAGCUCGCUCUGUGCUUUUCUCUUCCUCUGCGGCACACUCAUUUCGCUCCAAAAGUUCUUCGCCCAUCGCAGCAUCGACGCAUUUCUCCUCUUCCAUACGGUCUGUAGUCAUUCUAAAAUCCGUCUUAUGGAUAUUUCCUCUUACACAUAUACUUUUGGAUGUCUCUGAGGAUCUCAGCCCAAGAGUAAUCUUUAGCCAUAUUGUUUGUUUAAGAUGCCUUUAGGCUCAAAUUCACAGUCAGCCGAAGUUUGCCUUGCCAUGAAUCAGAAUGCACUUUCUUCCUCUGACAACCAUGGAAGGGCCUUAAAACCCGUCGAGGAGGAUAAAGAAGAAGGGGAGGAGGAGGAAGAUGAGGAUGCAGAUUUUAACCCUUUUCUAAAGGAAAAUCUUUCACACGAGGCUUCUUCAAGUUUGAGCUCUGAAGUCGAUGGUUUGGAUGGUAAUGUGAUCACUAGUAAGCCAUCUGUAGGUUCAGAGUUAUCAAAGGUGACAACUAAGGAGCAAACCUGUUCUGCUAUAUAUAAUGAACAUGGCGAGGAGGAAGUUGUUUUACAACCUUCUGGUAUGAUCUCUUUGUCAGAGAUUAAUCAAGUGAAGCACAAUGACCUAACCAGUGUGGCUAUUGGCAAUGGUUCAAGGACAGGAGAACUAAGUGACAAAACAAAUUCUCGAAGUCCUGUAAUAGAUGUAGACAAUGAGGAUGCUAUCUGUAUGCGCACCAGAGCUCGUUAUUCACUUGCAAGUUUUACACUUGAUGAGCUUGAGACUUUUCUUCAAGAAACUGAUGACGAUGAUGAUCUCCAAAAUGCUGAUGAUGAAGAAGAGUAUAAAAAAUUUUUAGCAGCUGUUUUACAGGGUGGGGAUGAUGGUUUUUCAACUCAUGAAAAUGAAAAUCUUGACGAUGAUGAGGAUAACGAUGCAGACUUCGAGAUAGAACUGGAGGAGUUAUUGGAAAGUGAUGUUGAAGACAACUCAAUGGUAAAAACCCGAAAGGAGUCUGAUCGAGCUGGACGACGACCUGAGACUAGGCAAAAUAAGCGUCAAAAGGUGUCUGCACAAUGUGAGAAGAAAACAUUAGGAGAAGUGAAGAGGCCACUCCGUCCCAUUUUGCCUAAUUGGCUGAAUGGAACUCUAGCUUCAGGAAAAGGUUUGGUUCCUGAGGCUUCUCUGAGCUUUCAGUCUUCUGCUUCAGGAAAUGGUCUUGUCAAUGGGUUCACUUCCAUGCAGAUUGGUCAGUUGCACUGUUUGAUACACGAGCAUGUACAACUUCUUAUUCAGGUGUUCUCUUUGUCAGUUCUUGAACCUUCCCAAAAACAGGUUGCUUCUCAGGUUCAAGGUUUGCUUGUUGAGAUCCUUCACAAACGUGAUGAAAUAUUAGCUUCAAAAAGAGUUGCAUAUCCCACUGUUUGCUUUUCUCCAUCUUUUUCUUGCUCAUCUGUGUCUGAAGGAGGCUCAAAGUUUGUCCAGGUCCAGUCCAAUACAGAAGAAUAUGGUCCUCCACAAGAUGCACAUAAUGUUUUGUGUUCUCAAUCAAUUCAGAAAUCCUCUGAAGGUUUGAACUUGCAAAGCUGUUUCCAACCUGCUGAGAGUUCUUUCUGGAUUCCCUCUGUAAGAGGCCCUGUAAAAUCUAUUUUGGAUGUUUCUCCUCUUCAUUUAGUAAGAAGCUACACUGAUGACAUUAAUUCUGCUGCCCAAGAGUUUCGAAAGAGAUACAUUGAGUCUCAUUCCGUUUCACCUGUUGAAAAGGAACCUCUCUUUCCUUUUUCUUCAUCAGUUGCUGAAGCUAGUAGUGAAAUUUCUAGUGGAACCACUGCUAGAGCAGUUAAUGCAGUCUCAACUUCACCUGGUCAACAACAACCAAAGAAAACAUUGGCUGCUAUGCUUGUUGAAAGUACAAAAAANUUUUAUAGAUAUUUUCUUUUAUACAUUGCAAUUGGGGUUCAGGCUGCGUUGUGGUCCUGUUGGACGUUGAGAGUUGUAGCUUGUGGGAAUUGUUAUGCUUUGGAGUGGUCUGUAGUCAUUCUAAAAUCCGUCUUAUGGAUAUUUCCUCUUACACAUAUACUUUUGGAUGUCUCUGAGGAUCUCAGCCCAAGAUCAGCCGAAGUUUGCCUUGCCAUGAAUCAGAAUGCACUUUCUUCCUCUGACAACCAUGGAAGGGCCUUAAAACCCGUCGAGGAGGAUAAAGAAGAAGGGGAGGAGGAGGAAGAUGAGGAUGCAGAUUUUAACCCUUUUCUAAAGGAAAAUCUUUCACACGAGGCUUCUUCAAGUUUGAGCUCUGAAGUCGAUGGUUUGGAUGGUAAUGUGAUCACUAGUAAGCCAUCUGUAGGUUCAGAGUUAUCAAAGGUGACAACUAAGGAGCAAACCUGUUCUGCUAUAUAUAAUGAACAUGGCGAGGAGGAAGUUGUUUUACAACCUUCUGGUAUGAUCUCUUUGUCAGAGAUUAAUCAAGUGAAGCACAAUGACCUAACCAGUGUGGCUAUUGGCAAUGGUUCAAGGACAGGAGAACUAAGUGACAAAACAAAUUCUCAAAGUCCUGUAAUAGAUGUAGACAAUGAGGAUGCUAUCUGUAUGCGCACCAGAGCUCGUUAUUCACUUGCAAGUUUUACACUUGAUGAGCUUGAGACUUUUCUUCAAGAAACUGAUGACGAUGAUGAUCUCCAAAAUGCUGAUGAUGAAGAAGAGUAUAAAAAAUUUUUAGCAGCUGUUUUACAGGGUGGGGAUGAUGGUUUUUCAACUCAUGAAAAUGAAAAUCUUGACGAUGAUGAGGAUAACGAUGCAGACUUCGAGAUAGAACUGGAGGAGUUAUUGGAAAGUGAUGUUGAAGACAACUCAAUGGUAAAAACCCGAAAGGAGUCUGAUCGAGCUGGACGACGACCUGAGACUAGGCAAAAUAAGCGUCAAAAGGUGUCUGCACAAUGUGAGAAGAAAACAUUAGGAGAAGUAAAGAGGCCACUCCGUCCCAUUUUGCCUAAUUGGCUGAAUGGAACUCUAGCUUCAGGAAAAGGUUUGGUUCCUGAGGCUUCUCUGAGCUUUCAGUCUUCUGCUUCAGGAAAUGGUCUUGUCAAUGGGUUCACUACCAUGCAGAUUGGUCAGUUGCACUGUUUGAUACACGAGCAUGUACAACUUCUUAUUCAGGUGUUCUCUUUGUCAGUUCUUGAACCUUCCCAAAAACAGGUUGCUUCUCAGGUUCAAGGUUUGCUUGUUGAGAUCCUUCACAAACGUGAUGAAAUAUUAGCUUCAAAAAGAGUUGCAUAUCCCACUGUUUGCUUUUCUCCAUCUUUUUCUUGCUCAUCUGUGUCUGAAGGAGGCUCAAAGUUUGUCCAGGUCCAGUCCAAUACAGAAGAAUAUGGUCCUCCACAAGAUGCACAUAAUGUUUUGUGUUCUCAAUCAAUUCAGAAAUCCUCUGAAGGUUUGAACUUGCAAAGCUGUUUCCAACCUGCUGAGAGUUCUUUCUGGAUUCCCUCUGUAAGAGGCCCUGUAAAAUCUAUUUUGGAUGUUUCUCCUCUUCAUUUAGUAAGAAGCUACACUGAUGACAUUAAUUCUGCUGCACAAGAGUUUCGAAAGAGAUACAUUGAGUCUCAUUCCGUUUCACCUGUUGAAAAGGAACCUCUCUUUCCUUUUUCUUCAUCAGUUGCUGAAGCUAGUAGUGAAAUUUCUAGUGGAACCACUGCUAGAGCAGUUAAUGCAGUCUCAACUUCACCUGGUCAACAACAACCAAAGAAAACAUUGGCUGCUAUGCUUGUUGAAAGUACAAAAAAACAGUCAAUUGCUUUGGUGCCGAAGGAAGUUGCAAAGUUAGCUCAAAGAUUUUUGGCUUUGUUCAAUCCAGCAUUAUUCCCACAUAAUCCACCCCCAGCAGCAGUUGUAAAUAGGAUACUUUUUACUGAUUCUGAGGAUGAAUUAAUAGCCUUAGGGAUAAUGGAAUACAAUACAGAUUGGAAAGCAAUUCAACAACGUUUUCUUCCCUGCAAGUCUAAGCACCAGAUUUUUGUGAGGCAGAAGAAUCGUUGCUCUUCAAAAGCAUCAGAGAAUCCAAUAAAGGCUGUUCGAAGAAUGAAAACCUCCCCAUUGACUGCAGAGGAGAUAGCAUGCAUUCAAGAGGGACUCAAGAUUUAUAAAUUUGAUUGGAUGUCAGUAUGGCAGUAUAUUGUUCCACAUAGAGAUCCAUCCUUGCUUCCACGCCAGUGGCGCAUUGCUCUUGGCACUCAAAAGUCAUACAAGAUAGACGAAUCAAAAAGGGAGAAGAGGAGAUUGUACGAAUCACAAAGAAGAAAGUUAAAGGCUGCCUCAUUAGAAAGUUGGCGAGCUAUAUCUGAUAAAGAGGAUUGUGAUACUGAAAUUGCUGGUUCAGAGUCCAUGGAUUAUUCAGAUGUACCCUACGUGCACCAGGCAUUUCUGGCAGAUUGGAGGCCAGACACAUCUGCGCUUGCUUAUUCUGAACGCAUUCCAACUACAUCUGGAGAAGGAAAUGUUGCUCACAAUGCAUUUCCUCAGCAUAUUCGAUUUUAUAGGGGUACUCAAGAUUAUGGUUUAAGUGGAAAAGUUCAAUAUCAGAAUGGUAGUCAAUCUGCAUUUCCGUCUGUAUCUUACCUACCUCAAUUUUUUCACACUACAUCUGAUUUGAGAAAUGGAAUGAAUGGUGCUCCUAGCACCCUUAAUCCUAAGAAACCAGUUUUUAAUGUCACUUCUAGCUCCAAGUACUAUUGUCGGCCCUAUCGGUCUCGGAGGGCACACAAUGCCCACUUGGUGAAAUUGGCUCCGGAGUUGCCCCCUGUAAACCUUCCUCCUUCUGUUCGUGUGGUUUCUCAAACUGCUUUUAAAGGGUUCCAGUGUGGUACGUCUAAGGUUUAUCCUCCUGGAGGUGGUGUAGCUGCUUCUAGAGAAGAUAAUUUUGCUUCUCAAACUCGUCAUGGCGAGAAAUCUGAAAAUGUUCAUCCUGUUAUAGGUGCAAAGCCUGCAUUGAAAGACACUGUCACAAGUUCUCAGUCAGAAAGAUCUGAAACUGUUGAAGGCAGAUCUAUUCAGGCAGAAAAAGGUACCUGUACCGAUCUUGAGAUGCAUCCUCUCUUGUUCCAGGUCACUGAAGAUGGCAAUGUGCCUUAUUAUCCAUUAAAAUUUAGUUCUGGCACUUCUAGUUCCUUCAGCUUCUUCUCAGGAAGCCAACCACAAUUAAAUCUCAGUCUCUUCCAUAGCUCUCAGCAACAAAGCCACAUUGAUUGUGCUAACAAGUCCUUAAAGUCAAAAAGUUCCAUUCUAAGAUCUGGAGGCAUUGAUUUUCAUCCACUUCUACAGAAAUCUGAUGAUGCACAAUCACCUAAUUUUGAUUCCAAUCAGCCUGAAUCACUGGGCACUAGUGGUGUGUUGGCAAUAGCGAAUAGAUCUUCUGGCCUUACUGACAAAUCUAAUGAACUAGAUUUGGAGAUUCACCUUAGUUCUGUAUCUGGAAGGCAGAAAUCUGUGAAAAGUAGACAGGCAAAGGCACAUGAUCCAGCAGGGUCCAAAAAAACUGUAGCAAUUAGUGGAAUAGCGAGGGAACCUCUAGAGGACAGUCCUCAUUGUCAGCAGGGUGGGGAAAAUGUUUCAGUAAGAAGUCGUGGGCUUGCUUCAAGUUACCCUUUGGUUGUUCCUAAUGAUAACAUUGCCAGAUAUGAUGUAGAUAAUAUUGGUGAUCAGUCUCAUCCUGGGAUAGUGAUGGAGCAGGAAGAGUUAAGUGAUUCUGAGGAAGAUAUUGAAGAACAUGUAGAGUUUGAGUGUGAGGAGAUGACUGAUUCUGAAGGAGAGGAUGGUUCUGGCUCUGAACAAGCUCAUGACGUUCAAAAUAAGGAGGUCUCAAUUUCUUCUGAAGAAAAUGUUAAGUAUAUGGCUUGCAUGAAAAAAUCAGGUGAGCCAAGGGCCAAUUCUGAUGCUCAAGUUGAUGGCGGCCUCCUUACAAAUAAUACAGCUCUAAAUAUUACUUUGACAAAUGAGGAACAAGAUGACCGAAGUAGUUCUUCAUGGCUAAGUUUAGACUCGUGCACGGCAAGUAAUCCUGUACUUUCAAAGGCCAUACUUGGACACAGUACGAGUAUGAUUGGGGAAGCUUCUGCUUCUAGAAACAUAUCAAUUGGUGAAGUUGUCACAGAGGAGAGACAUACCAUAGACAUUGUACAACAGCCAACUGUUGGUGCUCACGUGUCUACCACUCCACGAAAACCCAGGAAGCGAUUUGGCAAACCAAAUGCAAAUUUAAAUAUAGGUCUGACUGUUGAAAGAUCAAGCAAUGAUGGUAAUCAUGAAAAUGGUUGAUUUAAAUAUUCUGGCAAGUGGAGUUCGAAAAGGAUUGACUAUCGAAAGGUCAAGCCACGAUGGGUUGAUUGAAAUGUUCUGUCAAAUGGAGUGCAAAUAAGACUGAAUUUUGCACGUUCACGCCAUGAUGAUAAUGUGGAAGUUUGUUGAUUGGUGCACCAUCUGAACUAACUGAGCUUGUUUUUGUUGUUGCUUGGCAUCUAAUAUUGUUGCUAGUGCUGGACGACAGUUAACAAGAACAUAAUGGGGGGAUCUUCAAUUUUUUCGACGUGCAGCACCAAGAAUUGAGACUUUAAUUUUGAACUAUUGUUACUCGCAAUGGUUGAAGGUAUAUUGUCUUUGUAAAUAUGUUGCUAGAGGUCAUGGGCAAAAUUGGCCUUGGCUCUUUUCUUAUGGUGGAAGUGAUGAAUUGUAUAUGGUAAUCUUAUUACUGUUUACUAAUUCUGAUGUCCCAACAAGUAAUGUUCUAGAAUGUGCCCAGAGCAUGUUGGCAAGCAAUCCUUUGGACUUUCCUUUUCACA